AUGGGGGCAAGGCCCUCAGGUGCAGGUGGGACGGACUUUGACGCAGUAUUAGGUAGCGUGGCUCAGCCGGUUAUGACUGAGAUCGCUAGGAGCUCUAGGGAACAGGGUGGUCCGUCGAUUGGCCAUGGAUGCACUUUUGAGAAGUUUACUAAGAUGAAUCCUUCGACAUUCUUAGGAGGAGUCAAUCCUGCAGCCGCUGAGAACUGGAUGCAGGAGAUCGAGAAAUUUGUUGCCAAAAUCAAUCAAAACGACGUCGCUAGCUUCAACUCAGCCGAACGAGCUUCCGGAUGUCUGGGUCCGCCGCCGCCGCGGACUGUUCUUCUUCUCUCCAAUCCUUCGCGUUCUUUCCACACUCCGGCGGACGGAAUGGCGUCUUUCCUCUUCCUCACAAGACCUGGUGUUAUUUCUCUGCGGCAGCACAGAUCACGAAGGUUAUUCAGAAAUGGAGGCUAUGGUUGCAGUCAUCAUAAAGAGUCUGCGAUCAGAAAUAUCUAGGUGAAUACAGUACCUUUAACCCAUUGGUUGCUUCUUGUUUGAUGUGUAUGGUAGAAUACAUUGAUUUUAUCUAAGAAAAUUUGUUAGUUUGUUCUUGUCAAAACAUGCUUUCCUGCUCUGUUUAGGUGAGUAAAGAUUAUAAAAUCCAAUUUAUGGGCAAUCAUCUAAAGCUUUAAAAGAAAUGCCUC